GUAAUGAGGAAAAAAAUGAGUAGCAGUGUAAUUCAUUAUCUGUCCAUUUCUUCUUCCAUGGCUGUUUCCUUGUUCUCUCAGCUGCAUCUGCAUCCACUGCUUCAUGGUAACAACAAAAUCUCUUUGUCUCUGCAAUCCCAACAAAGGUUUCAUUCACCAUCCAAGGCUAUUAGUAUUAUUCAGUGUUGCUCGAGUUCUUCCAACCACAGCAUCAAGCUCAGAACUUGCAAGAACUGCAAAUCUCAAUUCGACCCUUCACUCAAUCACCCUCUUGCUUGUCGCUUUCACACUGCCCAUUUUGGUGGAGAAACUAAGAGGAAGUUUGAGAGUGUUUAUGAAGGGGGCACCAUGAACACUCCUGAUUCCGGCAAAGUUUUUCAGUAUUGGCAUUGCUGCGGAUCCGAAGAUCCCUUCCAUCCUGGCUGCACUUCUGCACCUCACUCCUCCUAUGAUGACUGAUGUUCAUCAAUUUCGCACCGGAAACCACUUAUAAAUAGCUAUAACAACCAUCAUCACAAUUUCCUUGUAGAAAAGAGUUGAUUUAGAGAUCCCAACUCGACUUCUUAUCAAUGGAGGCAGCCAAGCUUUCAUGGAAUCCGAUCUUCUCCAAGAGCCUAAUACGUUGGCGGUGCAUGCCACGACGCAAGGUUGUUGGGAUGAGCUACUCUGGUGGCGAUUAUCAGGACUACUAUCUAGGGAGGUUAGUGGAUGAGAGCAUGAUUGUACUGUAUUCACAACGACAAAGAUGUAUUUGAAGCAUUUGGGUUAUUGGAAUGUUAUAUGUUGAGCCUAAGACCAAGUGUUGCAUUAGGGAUGCUCAUAUUUGUUGCUUUGAGUGUGCUGAUAUCUUUUGGUGUAAGAUUGUUUCAUGCCAUGGAGAUUCAUAUAUAUCUUGCUUUGGCUUAA